AUGAAACAGAAGCUAAAGACUUCUGUGCUGUUCAUAAACCUGCCACUGGGAGCUGGUCUGUUGCCUGGCUACUGUUCGAUACCAUUACAAAAAUUCAUCAAGAAGCGCAAGGAGGGUACUGGUAAUGGGAUUUUGAUAACAGAAAGAAUCUUGACGGAGGGUUUUGAAGAGGGAUUCAGAAACAAGAAUGAGUUGAUCAGGAAAGUUGUUCGUAAAAAGAAUGGGGCUCCAAUAAGACAAGGGUUCUCGAAGGAAUAUGUGGAAAGUAGCGAUGAAGAAACUGAUGAUGAUGAACUUUACCAGCGGGGAAAAGGCGUCAAGAAUUACAAGGAGAAUUGUAAUGGUACUAGUAAUGGGAUUUUCGUUGGAAAAACAAACAAGAAAAAAGAGGAAGGUUUUGAUCAGCAGCGAUUCAAGACGAAGAGUGUUAAGAGCAAGAAACAUGUUUAUGAGGGUCCAAAUCCUGCACCUGGUUUGCCAGAGAAAGUCAAGGAACAAAUUUGCGAGAGAGCCAGAGAAAAAGGUAGAGUAUUUGAUGAAAACAAUGAGGUAAUUUUGGUGAUACAAAAGGCUCUCACAGUAAGUGAUGUCGCCAAGCAACAAAAUCGUAUCACCAUUCCUGUAAACAAGAUGAAGCAUGGCUUUCUCAAAGCUUAUGAAGAGGCUUUCCUUGAAAUAUCAGAUGGGAAACAUCACAAUCGUAUAAUUGUAGAUAUGAUCGAGCCAUCGGGUACAGUGAAAACUGCGCCCUUAUCAAAGUGGAAGAUGGCGAAGCAAAGAGGCAAGCCUAGUAUUUCGUACGUAGUGAAUGGAGACUGGAAAAAUAUUGUGAGCAACAAUGGGCUUGAAGCUGGCCAAGUUGUGCAAUUGUGGGCGGCUCGGAUCGGUGAAAAGCUUUGUUUAGCCUUGGUUAUACUUGAUUGA